AUGUCACCCAUUGCCACAAAAGCCACAGAGUCUCGGUUAACUGCUGCUGAAAUUGUCAGCUACAAGAAGGAGCUUGAAGAUUGGGAGAAGUCUAGGGAAUGGCACUGGAAAUUCGAGGUGGUUCCAAACCAGUUCAAGCAAUCACUAGAUGAGACUGAUGACCUGCUGUUCCAGCACCUUGACGAGCACUUUGGGGUGAUAGGCAGCUGGGAUGAUGUGGUGAACAACUUGAAACUGCUUAACGAGAACGCCCCAGAUACAGAAUGCUACAAGAUAUUGUUCCUUUCCUCCUCCGCACAUGGGUACCACAACUUGGCCCAAGAAAAGUAUGGGAAUAUGGCCUGGAACGAGACUUGGCUGAAGAUAAAUGGCGAUGGUACGAUUGUGUGGGGUCCGGAUCCGCUGUUGACGGAUUUGGGAAUCAGCCAGGCCCAGGAAAAUCGGGCUCAGUGGGAAAUCGAGAGGCUCAACAACGUUACCAAGGACCCCAACUUGAUCUUGCCUGAAAAGUGGUUCGUAUCGCCAUUGAGACGCUCUAUCGAUACUUUGGUUCAUACUUGGGACGGCAUAGCGGACCUCAAGAAGAUGGAGCCCAUCGUUACUGAAAACCUUCGUGCUACCAUUGGGGUCAAUACUUGUGAUAAGCGUUCUCUCAGGUCAGAAAUUUUCGAUAGCUACCACAAGUUGGGGUUCCAGAUGAGUCAAUCCUUAGAACCAAACGAUAUUUACUUCAAAGACGAUCACAGAGAGACAACAGUAGAACAAGCCCUCCGUAUCAAUGAAGAACUUCAUGAAAUCUUCGGCUACGAAAAUCAAAUCGUGAGUAUUACCAGUCACAGUUGCUCAAUCAGGGCCCAGUUGUUGGCAUUGGGUCACCGUGAAUUUGCUGUGGGAGCCGGGGGCAUGGUUCCCGUUUUUGUCAAGGGCACAAGAAUAGGCGAGUAUGACUGGGAAGACGAGUUCGUUCUUUUGAGAUGUCCAAGAACUUAUCUGUUCCAAAAUUAUAUUGAGGAAGGAGUUUAUGUUUCUGGAGAAAGUUAUGAAGAUCUAAUAGUAUAUGAAUUGGGACCAUUGGGAUUUGCAGAAUUUGUUGAAGAAUGUGCUUCAGAGGAGGGAAUAAGGUAUGCAGAGGCCUUGGAAAAGGCUAAAGCUGGGUAUUAUGGCUCAGACUAUUUUUUCGGAAAGGAUGACAUUUAG